AGGAAAACAAAAUGGCAGACUUCAAGUCCCCUUUCGUGAAUUCAAUGUUGCAAACUCUCUCACAGGGCCAUGAAAAGGCGUUUAAACAAGCACUCUAUACGACAGCAGCUAAUAUUUUUGUUUUGCUAGCCGGGGCUUCUGCUAUCGCUGUGUACUUUAUUUUGGAGGCUUUCCUCCGUCCUUUACUGUGGUCUGUGUUAUGUGGAACUUUUUUGUAUCCCUUCAAGCGUGAAUUAACGGGAAUUUUAAGGCGAUGGUUACGCGGUUUGCAAGACUCGGGGACACCUUUUGCAAUUGGAAUAGCAUAUAUACCAAUACAAGCACUUGACAGUACCUACGUCAUGAUAUUUGAUCGUACUAUUGUGCGACACUGGAAGUUGCUGUGUGGGGGAAUUAUAAGCUUGUUUUUAAUUUACGUUUUGUGGUAUUUCGGCCCAGUAAGGAGGAUAAUUGAGAUUUGCUAUGCAGUGUUCAUUUUCGUUUCCGAAGUUCUGGAUUAUUUCACUUCAUUCUGGGUUUGGAGUCUUGUUAUUGCAUAUGUUAUCAUGGUUAUCUUUUUGUGGAAUGCUGAAUCCCGGAGUUAUCUGCGCCUCCUGUCCCUGCCUGUGUGGGGUGUCCUCAUUCUCCACAUCGCCACCGUGGCAGGCUCCCUCAGAGUCCCUCUUUUUAUGUUAAUCAUUGGAUUGAUUGCCACUGGUUUUGCAGCUGAAGUAAAAGAAACCAAAAGAAAAGUGGAAGACCAAGGGCAAACUAUAUCUGAUGUGAAGGCAAUAUGGCUGGUGUUUACAGGCGACUUGGAGAAGACAUUAGGCAAGGCACAGCAAUCAGAGAAAGAAACACUGGAAACUUCCGCCUCCUCAGCUGAAGCGUCUUCUACUGAAAGUUUUUGUGAUGUUGCAGACAUAAGUCAGAAACCUGGUGAUAUUAAAAAGCCAACUGAUUUGCCAAUUGCUGAUCCAAAUAAUACUCAAGGAUCCACCACACCAAAUGUUAGAUCUCUCAGACAGAAGAAUGUUAGAGUGACAGAGGAGAAGGGUCCUGUGAGUACGGUUUAUUUCGUGUACCUGUUCUGGGCCCUAGUUCUCACUCGUGUCUGGAUGAACAUCUGGCUUCUUCAGCUCCUGGUUCCGGUGUUGGCUCUCAUGUGGAUCUUCAAAGCUUUAGUGUAUCAACUGAAACCUAGAGGAUUUUUUGGAGGAAAAGUGGAAGCAUGUAAAUUGGCUGCCCUGGAAUGGUACGCCCCCAGAAAAGAUGUCCUCGCUCCCCGAUGGGUGAUUGGCCUGUUAAAACUGUUGAGUCGUGGAGAUGCUAAAAUGAUGUCCUUACUGGAAGGAUCGCUGGACAAAGUCACCAGUAUCCUAUUCAUUCUUGUCCUAUUAGUGGGAUCCACUCUGUUCACUGUGUUCUUCGCUGUUCAGGUUCACCAAGAAAGUAUGCACCUGUUCAGAAUAUCCAGCAAUGUCCUCAACAGCACCAGAGAGUAUGCAGAGUGGUUACCUAAAGGAGAAGAUAUGCAGGUGGCUAUGGAUUCUAUGGUGGGCAAUGCCUAUUUGUAUGGCAGAAAAUGGAUCGCAGCAAAGGUUCAUGACCUAGUUGGUGGACAGGACGGUUCCAAUGAUACAAAGAUAGAAAAUAAAGUGUUGGAGGUGUGGGACAAUCUCUAUCACAGCUGGUUAGCCAAGAUAUCUGAUACGAGUCUGUGGCUUAAUCGAGCGGGUGCCUCUAAUCAUAGUGUGGCAAAGACAAGUUUUCAGAUCAUUCCGCACGAGGUGACAGACUGGAGAUCGAUUUACGAGUUUGGAAUGCAGGGGAGUUUUAAUUAUUCCCAAGUACUGGAGUUUGUAAAGGAUAACCUGGGAACAUUUAUGUCGGUUAUGGAGAAUGUUUUGAUAGUACUAAAGGGUAACAUGAGUUUGGUGCUGAGUAUCGCCACGGCAGCGCUGUCAAUCAUCCUGGGAGGUGGAACAGCCAUACUCAAUUUCAUUAUCUCAGCAGCGAUCUUCCUGACAACACUGUUCUAUCUACUAGCGUCCAGUGGGAAGCAGUUUAAGCCCAUGGAAUGGAUCUCUGGUCUUAACCCUCACCCUUCCGGCAGCACCUUCAGUCUGGCUGUACAGGAAGCCAUUGGUGGCGUUUUCAUGGCUUCUCUGAAGAUGGCGGCGUUCUAUGGACUGUACACAUGGCUGACACACACCCUCUUCAGUAUCAACAUGGUGUUCAUCCCCUCCACCCUGGCAGCAGUUUUGGCAGCUGUUCCUUUCCUGGGCCCCUAUUGGGCAACCCUCCCGGCAGUGCUGGAACUCUGGCUGAUUCAGGGGCAGGGUGUAAAGGGGCUCGCCCUCUUUAUCUGCCACAUUCUGCCAUCCUACUUUGUGGAUACCACCAUUUUGGGAGAAAUUAAAGGUGGUCAUCCUUAUUUGACUGGUCUGGCGAUUGCGGGGGGAAUCUACUGGCUGGGUUUAGAGGGUGCAAUCAUCGGACCCAUUCUUUUGUGUUGUUUCAUUGUGGCCUACAAUGUAUAUGGAUCCAUGCUGACCACAGAUGGUACCGCUUACUCAGGGGGACUCCCAGGUGAUAAAGUUACCGUUAGCAGGCCGAGAACAACGGGGAACCUCAGUCGAUCUGUAAGUGACAUUGCCACACCCAGCAGUGUGAAAAAAAUAGUGUGUGCAGAUGGAUAAUCAUAGCACAGCUUCAAAUGCUUUUUGGUGCCAUUUCACGAGACAUUGUACAGCGACAGACCCAAAUGACACAGCAGAUCAAGAAAAAAACCUGAUGCAGAUGAGGAGUCCCUCACCAGUGUUCCUCUUUGUUUGCAGGGUUAAGCUUCACCACAGUUGCCAAGAAUUUUAUAUUUGCACUUUUGUACUUUAAUACAUGUAACAGUAUAUCAGUAUCUGAUAUAUGCACUUCAAUAUUUAUUUUAAAACUGAUGAAUUACUUUACAUGCAAUUAUUAGGAAUGAAACGAUUUUCUCGACAGUAUGAUCGUGUGUAUUUGCAAUAUUAGCGCUGUACCUGAUUUGAUAGUCUUUAAUUCUAGGGAAAUUUAGAUGCUAUGAAGAGCUUUCAAUAGUAAAGUGUUCUGUAAUAUUUUGUCUAUCGGAUGUCUGUGAUCAAUUUUUUUUCAAAAUACCACUCUCCCAACCUAUCGUGUCUGAUUUCAAUAAGACUUUGUAGAAAUGAAAAUGACAUCAAUAUUACUACACCAUUCUAUGAAUAAUUUUUUAGCCGAGUUGCAACGAAGUUGAACUCGGCUAUUGGUUUGGUGAUGGGGGCGGGCAGUUGGGCGUCAACAAUUCGUUUCGGGAUGAUAACUCGAAAAGUUUACAAUCUUUUUAAAUGAAACUUUGAUAUAUUGUUGGGUACCAGGUAAGGAAGACCCCUAUUGAUUUUGGAGAAAAAUGGUCGAAGGUCAAGGUCACAGUGACCGAAAAUAGAAUGAAAAUUUCAGAAAAAUUUGGUUUCUGGAUGAUAACUCAGAAAGUUUAAAUCCGAAUCAAAUGAAACUUUGAUAUAUUAUUGGGUACCGGGUAAGGAAGACCCCUAUUGAUUUUGGAGAAAAAAGGUGAAAGGUCAAGGUCAUAGUGACCGAAUAUAGAAUGAAAAUUUCAGAAAUAUUUGGUUUCCGGAUGAUAACUCAGAAAGUUUAAAUCUGAAUCAAAUGAUACCUAAAGAUAUUGUUAUGUACCAGGUAAGGAAGACCCCUAUUGAUUUUGGAGAAAAUAGGUCAACGGUCAAGGUCAUAGUGACCGAAUAUAGAAUGAAAAUUUCAGAAAUAUUUGGUUUCCGGAGGAUAACUCAAAAAAUUUGAAUUUGAAUCAAAUGAAACUUGGAUAUAUUGUUGGAUACCAGCAAAGCAAGGCCCCUAUUGAUUUUGGAGAAAAAGGGUCAAAGUCACAGUGACCGAAAAUAGAUUGAAAACUUCAGACAAAUAUGGUUUCUGGACAGUAACUCGAAAAGUUUAAAACUGAGAGUAGUUCUUCACAAUUAUAAAUAUGCCACAUCAUUCCUGACUUUACAAUGUAUCCCAUGCAACUCGGCUCAUGCACCCCUGGGUGCAUACAUUGAUUAACUUGGUGGUUAAAACUUUAUUCUGUCCUAUCAUUUAUAUAUGUUAUUAAUGCUAAAGGUUUAAUUGUGUUUGAUUUGAACGAGACUUAAUAUAUAUGUUAUUCAGUUAUUGAAUUUUUGUGUGUGGAUUUGUCUAUGAGUGACUUUUUUUCCAAUCUAUUGAUUUACAAUACCCAGCCAGUAGAGCUACAGUCGUGACAGACGUUUUGUUUUAAAUGAAAUCCUUAAUAUAUACAUAUUGUUUAACAAAUAAAAUAUUGAGAAAAUAAAGAAUUUGGUACAGUAAAACAUACUUAUAACAAAGUGUUGAGACUUUGAUUCAUUAUAAACUUAAUUUGUUAUUCCCAAUAAGUUCAUGGUAAUGUUUUAAAACUUCAGGAAAUGAAAAUCACUUCUCUAUAAGCAUGAAUUCGAUAUAAGCAUGUUCUCUGUAACCAUAUUUUGCUGUUUAUAUUAGGGCUGGGUAGUAACAUAUGUAUACCAGUUUAAUGUGAUCCUGAAAAUUGUGAAAGUCAGUUUCUUAUUUUUAGUAUAUGGAUAUAUUGUAAAUUACCUUUCACAUUUUAUAGAAAAUCCAUCUCUUGUGCAUUAGAUUUUCUUCUACCAGGUGCCAGUUCAUGAUUGGAAUUUAUUCCUCCUUAUUGUACAGUGUAUGAUUUUAUUCUUAUUACAAUUAUUGAAAUAGUACAAAACAUACAAAAAAAAUUUGCGAUGAAUUGCAAUACCAAUAUUUCUGACAAUGCCCGGUCCUAUAUGAAGUUAUGAGUUAAUGUAACUUGUCAUUUUCUACCUGAAAAUAAUCAGCUACAAUUUCCUGUCUUCUGACCUAGUCACCUACCAUCAUGUCUUUCUAAUCCAGCAACAGUUAUAGAUAUCAAUAUGAAGAUCAUUAAAUGAGUUACAUUGACAGUAGUAAAAAAAAAAAUAAGUGAGCUAGACAAAUAUGAAAAUGGACGUCAACAUGCAAGUCGACGGUCAGGGAUUGUUUUAUUUAUGGAAAGUUAAAACUUUCUGUUGCCUUUGUGUUAAAAGCUUGCAAUUUUAUUUAUACAUUGUAUGAUAAUUUAUUUUUUUGUUAAUUUUUACAUGCAGUUGUAUAUUAUUUUUUGUUUGUUAAUUUUGAGCUGUUCUUAUCAUUAAAGAAAUAAAAUUUCA